UCCAACUCAUAUUUGAUAAAAUUCGCACAGGUUAUACAAAAUUUGCAAGAAACUUUGUGCCGUGUACUUUAUAGUUAAAACUAGCAAAACUUCAAAUGCGUUCCACCGACCUCUUCUCCCUGUUUGGUGAAGUAUACUAGAUCAACUACUUUACUCCCCUCCCCUCAGUUUUUUACCACUGAAUGGGGAGAGGAGACGUCAACGCCAGUAAUAAUUACAUCUUUACGGAAGAAAAAAAGAAUAAAUAUGGAUUACAGCCAGGAGCUAGAAGUGAUGCAGGAGCGGAUUAACAACUCGAACUCAUCAUUUUCCGAGGCAGGACUGAAUCAUGAGUUUGGCACGGAGGAUCUCAUCAAAUGUCUGUUCAUAGUAGCCAGACUUGUUCUACAGAUAUUGGGAAUUUCGGGCGGCUGUGUUGUGAUAGUGUGUGUGUACAAGUAUGUUUACCUGAGAAAGACUCACAACUUACUCGUGUGCAGUCUCAGUGUCAGUGAAGUCACUUUCCUACUCUACGAAACAGUCUACAGGAUUCCGAGAGAUGUUCUAAUAACUUUUAAUAAGAAAACCCCUUUGGUUCCCUGGAUGUGCAAUUUGGAUUACUUCCAGAUGGCCCUCAUCUCGUGCCAGAUGUCACAUAUGCUGCUGGUGGCUGUCGACAGGUUCAUCUUCAUCAUGUGGCCUCUGAGGUACUCCUUGUUUGAGGGCAAGCACGUGGCAGCAGUGGCCAUCCUGGGAGCAUGGCUUCUUGGCACAAUCCCCGUCAUCAGCGUGAACGUGUGGGUUUGCUCGGAUUACAAUAACAAGAAUAAUGAAGACUUCGCGAAGAAACUCACAACGUUCAGUCACGUGAAUGCUCAUUCUACCAUGGCAUGGUUUGCAGUUAUGUUGCUCAUAUAUACAAUUGUGUUCUGGAAACUGGAGAAUUAUGUCAAGGAACAAAAGAGGAUGCAGAGGAGAGAGAUAGCCCCACCCACUCACAUGGAGCGCAACAGAUUUCUGAGGGACAAAGACAUCAACCCCUCCCAGCAAAGUCUGCAGGUGGAACAGCUGGUGCGCAAUCAGCAGAAGGAAAAGGCCAUCCUAAAAGGCUAUGCCAUUCGUGUCACGUUCGCAUUCGUACCCCAAGCACUGCGAUACAUCCUCGCAUUGAUGGUCAUGAUAUCUAAGAAUGGGCCACAGUCACUACUAGUCGGCCAUACAAUACCCGCCCUGCUUUUUAAGCAGUUCGUUCUCCUAGCUGUAAUUGGAGCCGCUUGCUUCAGCUCUUUCAUACACUGUUUCUCCCAGACGAAGCUGAAAGACGCGGCCAAGAAACUGCUCACGAAGCAACAACGUCCGAAUCAAAACGACAACGGGGUCCUGAUGGUGCGCCGCGACAGGCCCAAUAGGCUUCGGGUGGCGACAUCGACCCCACGGCUUACACCAUUGUCGCCAUCGCCGUCGCCGUCGCCGAACCUUCUGGCCAAUGAAAAGUGACACCGCCCAGCUACUCGGAAUGCGGAAUUUUUGUGGAAUGCUUGGCGGCAGUUUUAUACAAGCUUUUUAUGCGGUUUGCUGUGAAUAUUGUCAAUAAUAUGCUUGUCGGUGAAGACUAAUGAAGCAGGUAUCGUCAAUUUACCAUAAAAAUGGACAAAAACUCAAAAUAUUGAUAAAUUGUUCAAUCAUCAGAUGAAGGGUCAUAAGUUUGAACGAGCAAAAUUCUUUUUCGAGGUCUUAAAAAUUGUGGUAUAGUCGACGAUCCGACUUCCUAGAAGCAAAAGGCUCCC